AGGCCCUGCAGCACCAGGCCAUCAGAUGGGACCCCAGAAGCCAGGGCAGGGGUCAGCAGCCAAGCCUCCCAUCCCAAACCUGCCCUUAGCUGAUGGGAGGGUUCAAGUCCCUGGAGGGACGCCUGAUCAGGGAGGAAGAGCCAGGCAGGGGUCCCUGCCCAGAACGUGUCGUUCCUGUGGAAAAGGAGUAGCUGCUUUCCCUGAUCCUGAAGGAGUAAAGUGGGUGAGAGUCCCCAGCAGGAAAGGGCCUGGGGGGCAGUGCCAGGUGGCCCUAUCUCUGGUGCCUGCAUGGAGAACCAGCUGGAAGGGAGGGGCCCCAGGGGGAGGGAGAUACGGGUUGGGAAGGGCACAGAGACCUUGUCAAGCCACCUGGGGGUGGGGCCUCUGUGCUCCCAGCCCCCGCGCCAUCUAUAUCCCGGGACUCCCAGUGCCUUCCCGCAGUGGCUGCGAGCAGAUGGCGGUGCAGAUGGAGGUCAGCUCGGACGCGGAGCACUUCCACGUCUAUGCGCAGGAGCACAAGGUACUGCAGUUCCCGCACCGUCAGAGGCCACUGGGCAUCAUCACCAGGGUGCGGGUGCUGAGUGACCACCACCUGGCCCAGGUGGAGCUGGCCAAGAGGGGCCUGAGCUGGGGGGACCGGGGCUAUUGAGCGGCACCUGCAGCCCCAGGAGCAAGCCUCGGCUCAUCCCAUGUCCAGGACAGCUGGAGCCCCACCCUGGGGCAGCUGGGGGAGGAGAUUUGUGGUCCUGUGUGCUUUCUGCCCCCCCCACCCCACUCCACUUUCAAUAAACUCUGAGCAGGCUGCAGGCAC